CGAGGAGCGGGAACUAGUUUUGGUCGUUUCAGCCUUUCAGGGUUUGUAAAUUGUUCAAAAGAGGGGGAAAAAAAUGGCGUUAGGGCUUUUAUUAGGGUUAGGAAGAGCAAUGAGAAGAAAGCGAACUUCAUCACUUGAUAUUUUGUCAUCGAAACGCGCGCCACGAGAUUAUUAUAAGGGAAAGAACUGCAAGCCCACUGGUUUUCAUACUCGCAAAGGUGGAUAUGUUGUGGUGCAAGAGAAAUUGCCAAAAUAUGUUGUGCCUGAUUUGACCGACUUUAAGCUCAAACCAUAUGUAUCUCAAUGCCCAAUAGAAGUCAAAACAGCCGAAGCUGCCGAACCGCAAAGUACCUAAACGUAAGAAGGUAUUUGAUCUUGUUUCUUGUCGAACUGCUACAGUUAUGCCAGGUAGUUUCUCAUUUUUUCUACUUGUUUCAGAAUCUGAACCAAUCUCACUAUAUGUAGCAUUUCAAUGAUUCAAUUUCUAGACUACUUGUU